AUGCGUCUGCGCGCCGAACCGCCCCGCGUCACUCGACUAUCGCGCAAGGUCCUCGCCGGGCUUGGUCUUGUCGCCAGCGUCGGCCUCGGUGGUGCACUGCUCUACGCGCUUCAGACGCGCGACGCCGGUCGGCCCAACGACGAACUCUAUUCGACCGAAAAUCGCUCGACGGCUGACGGCCUGGCCGGGCUGCCGCGAGAUUACAGUGGCGUGCCCCAACUACGGUCCGCCCCUUACCCGGUGUACCUCGGUCCGACCAAUCUCAAGCACCCAAGAUCGAGGACAGCCGGUGCCGCGACCGAUCGACGGACGGUGUCGCCCGAUCGCGUCGUUGCUCCAGCGUCGCCAAAUGUCCUUCAGGCCGGCGCAGUUAUCGCAGCAGCUCUCAUAACCGGCAUCCGAUCCGACCUUCCGGGCCAGAUCACCGCUCAGGUGACCGAAAACAUCUACGACAGCCCGACAGGGCGCAUUCUGCUCGUGCCACAAGGCACGCGGAUUAUCGGCCAGUACGAUAACAAUGUGCAAUUUGGUCAAAGCCGCGUCCUGCUAGUCUGGAAUCGACUGAUCUUCCCAAAUGGCCGUUCAAUAGUGCUCGAGCGCCAGCCCGGCGCAGACGUCGAAGGCUAUGCCGGCCUGCAGGAUGGCGUCGAUUACCACUGGUGGGAUCUUGCCAAGGCCGCCGGCCUCUCGACUCUUCUCGGAAUCGGCGCCGAGCUCGCCGCCGACAAUGACGACCGUCUCAUCCAGGCGAUCCGAAAUGGCGGUCAAGACACGAUCAACGAUGCCGGUCAGCAGAUCGUCAGACGGCAACUCAACGUGGCUCCGACAUUGACGAUCCGACCGGGAUUUCCUGUCCGUGUCGUCGUGACCCGUGAUCUCGUACUCGAACCUUAUGGGGGCUGA